UUUAGUCCAUUAGCCCCCCACGUGUGUGACUUGUAAUGCUUCACGUGUGUUAGUGAAGAAGAUGCGAAGAUGGACUUUCUGUAAGUGAUUUAAAUCGUACAGUUUGGACAUAAACAUGCUUUUUGCAAAGGAACUACCAUGGAGGCGCCUCGAGGGCAUGUCGUUUGGGUUGUACUCAUCCGAUGAAAUAAGAAAAUUGAGUGUAAAAACCAUCACGAAUCACCAGAUUCUGGAUAAUGUUGGCAACCCUGCCUUUAAUGGCCUGUAUGAUCUUUCACUCGGGCCCUCGGACAAUAAAGAAGUGUGCUCAACCUGCAUGCAGGACUACAUCAACUGCCCUGGCCACUUUGGACACGUUGAACUACCUUUGCCUGUCUUCAACCCUCUAUUCUUUGAUAAACUCUACCUGCUCAUCCGAGGCUCUUGUUUAGCUUGCCACAUCCUCAGCUGUGCCAGGGCUCCAAUUCACCUCCUGCUUAACCAGCUGAAGCUGCUGGAUGUUGGUGCUCUGCAAGAUGUCUAUGAACUGGAGAAUUUUCUCAAUCAGUUUUUGGAAACCAGUCCACAAGCUUCUGGUGCAGAUAUUCAGGCGGUCUUAGAGGAACACUGUGCACCAAUUCUGAAAGCCCUCAAAGAUGGGGAGGAGCGUUACACUCCAAUUAAGCAUGUCUGCGAGAAGAAAGCCAGCCUUGUUCAAAAUUUCUGGAGAGUUCACAUGACACCAAAGCGAUGCUCGAGCUGCAAGACACCCAGAGCAGCGGUGCGGCGAGAACACAACAGCAAACUCAUCAUCACAAAUGCCCCCUCCAAGAAGCCAGAGGUCGAAGAGGACGCUCAGAUUGCCAAGCGGGGAUACCUUACCCCCAGCUUGGCUAAGGAGCACAUCGUUAAACUUUGGGAAAAGGAAGGCUUCUUCCUGAAGCACCUGUUCGCUGGUAUGGAUGAGGGCUUACAAGCCGUCUUCAAACCAGAUAUUUUCUUCCUUGACAUUCUGAUGGUUCCACCGAGUAGGUACCGGCCCAUCAACCGCCUGGGAGACCAGAUGUUCACCAACGGGCAGACAGUGAACAUGCAGGCCGUGAUGAAGGACAACAACUCUAUUCAGAAGCUGCUGGCCCUCAUAGCUGCAGAGAAAGCAAAGGAGAUCGAAGGCAGUGACACGGAGUUGGACAAGGACACAAUGGAGACAGAGGAGAAAGGUAAAAUGGACCAGACGUUUCUGUCCGGCAUACCUGGUCAGACGCUCACAGACAAGCUGUACAACAUGUGGAUCAGGCUGCAGAGCCACGUCAACAUUGUGUUUGACAGCGACAUGGAUAAGCUGAUGAGCGAGAAGUUCCCUGGCAUUCGGCAGCUUCUGGAGAAGAAAGACGGUCUAUUCAGGAAGCACAUGAUGGGGAAGCGCGUGGACUUCGCUGCCCGUUCCGUCAUCUGUCCAGACAUGUACAUCGGCACCCAUGAGAUCGGCAUCCCCAUGGUGUUUGCCACCAAGCUGACGUACCCCCAGCCCGUGACUCCGUGGAACGUGAAGGAGCUUCGGCAGGCGGUGCUGAACGGACCCAACGUGCACCCGGGCGCGUCCAUGGUGAUCAACGAGGACGGCUCGCGCACCAUCCUGAGCAGCAGCAACCUGACUCAGCGCGAGGCCAUCGCCAAGCAGCUGCUCACGCCCAGCACAGGCCCCCACAGGGUGCCCAUGAAGAUCGUAAACCGGCACAUAAAGAACGGGGAUGUUAUGCUCCUGAACCGCCAGCCCACCCUCCACAGGCCCUCCAUCCAGGCCCACUCGGCCCGGAUCCUGCCCGGCGAGAAGGUCCUGCGGCUGCACUACGCCAACUGCAAGGCCUACAACGCCGACUUCGACGGCGACGAGAUGAACGCCCACUUCCCUCAGAGUGAGCUGGCCAGGGCCGAGGCCUACACGCUCGUCAGCACAAACCAGCAGUACCUGGUGCCCAAGGAUGGGAAGCCUCUGGCUGGUCUGAUCCAGGACCACAUGGUGUCUGGCACCACAAUGACCAUCAGAGGCUGCUUCUUCACCAGGGACCAGUACACAGCACUGGUCUACAGGGGCCUCACAGACAAAGUGGGCAGAGUCAAGCUGCUCCGCCCUGCCAUCCUCAAACCCUACCCCUUAUGGACGGGCAAACAGCUUGUGUCCACCCUGCUCUUGAACGUCAUCCCUGAGAACCACAUUGCCCUGAAUUUGACUGGCAAAGCCAAGAUCCCCAGCAAAGCCUGGAUAAAAGUGCCUCCUCGUCCUGUGAAUGGAUACCGCCCUGACACCAUGAGUGACUCUCAGGUGGUCAUCCGCCAGGGGGAGCUGUUGGUCGGGGUUCUGGACAAGGCUCACUACGGCAGCUCGGCCUACGGCCUGGUGCACUGCUGCUACGAGCUGUACGGCGGGGAGACCAGCGGCAAUCUCCUCACCUGUUUGGCACGCCUCUUCACCGCCUACCUGCAGCUGUACCGCGGCUUCACCAUGGGAGUGGAGGAUAUUCUAGUCAAACCUGGCGCCAACAUAGAGAGAACAAUGAUCAUUGAAGAGUCUGUUACAGUUGGAACCAAGGCUCUGAAAGCAGCCUUCAGCCUUCUCCCCACUGCGACUGAGGAGGAGGGGCGGGACCAUUGGCAGAAUGCCCACCUGAACCCAGACCAGAGAGACUUCAACAUGGUGGACCUCAAGUUCAAGGAGCAGGUCAACCAAGUCAACAAUAACAUUAACAAGGUGAUUAUGCCUAUUGGCCUUCACAGGUCCUUCCCAGAGAACAACCUUCAGCUCAUGGUGCAGUCAGGGGCCAAGGGCUCCACUGUUAACACCAUGCAGAUCUCCUGCCUGCUGGGUCAGAUUGAGCUGGAGGGCCGACGCCCACCCCUGAUGCCUUCUGGGAAAUCUCUGCCCUGUUUCCAGCCUUAUGACAGUGCGCCCCGGUCAGGGGGCUUUAUUUCCGGACGAUUCUUGACGGGGAUUAAGCCACCAGAGUUCUUCUUCCAUUGCAUGGCUGGGCGUGAAGGCCUCGUGGACACUGCUGUGAAGACCAGUAGAUCGGGCUACCUGCAAAGGUGUGUGAUCAAGCACCUGGAGGGUCUGGUGGUCCAGUAUGACUUGACUGUGCGAGACAGUGACGGCAGUGUGGUGCAGUUCCUCUACGGGGAGGACGGCCUGGACAUCCCCAAGACUCCGUUCCUCCAGCAGGGGCAGUUCCCCUUCAUCAAGGACAAUUACGAGGUCAUCAGGAAGUCCAAGUGCCUGGAUGAAGUCCUGUCCAAGAUGGACUCUAGUGUUUCGGCCAAGCACCAGAAGGCCAUUAAGAAGUGGAUGGAAAAGCGGGCAGAGGCAGCACCCCGGGAUGGAGGCUUCCUGCUCUUCUCGCAGAAGAAGCUGCCCAAGAUUAAGGCUCACAAUGAAGGUGCCUGUCUGGCCAACGGCAGAGAGAAGGCCACCCUGGAGCUGGUUGAGCGGUGGUCGGCGCUGGAUAUGGCCAACCGGAAGAAGUAUCUGAAGAAGACCUCUCGCUGCCCAGACCCCUGCCUGGCCGUGCACCGACCAGACAUCUCCUUCGGCUCCGUGUCCGAGACCUUCGAGGCCAUCGUGGAGUCCUACCUCACCAAGUUAGAGAGUGGCCAGGACUGUAACACUUCCGAUGAAGUGGAUGGCGACAGGCUGAGGAAACUGCUGCAGCAGAAGUGGCAGCGGGCGCUGUGUGACCCCGGUGAGGCCGUGGGUCUCCUGGCGGCCCAGAGCAUCGGGGAACCGUCCACGCAGAUGACCCUCAACACCUUUCACUUCGCCGGCAGAGGAGAGAUGAACGUCACCCUCGGUAUCCCCAGGCUGCGUGAGAUCCUGAUGAUUGCCAGCUCCAAAAUCAAGACUCCAAUGAUGAGCAUCCCUGUCCUGAACACCAAGAAAGCCCUCAAGAGGGUGAAGACCCUGAAGAAGAAACUCAACAGAGUGUGCUUGGCAGAGGUCCUCCACAAGGUGGACGUGGAGGAGACACUGAGGUUCGAGGGAAAACAGGCCCAGAAGAAGGAUCGAGUGUUCAAGCUUUCCUUCCACUUCCUGCCACCGGAGCGCUACCAGCAGGACAAGAUGCUCACCCCACAGCAGAUCCUGCGCUACAUGGAGGCCAGGUUCUUCAGACUGCUGUUAGAAGCUAUCAAGAAGCUCAAUGCCAAGCUAGCCUCUAUCGACCCUGUUGAAACACGCAAAGCCACACGGAAGGAUGAGGACCAGGUCGGGGGGGAGACGUCUGGUCCUGCUCAGGAAGAUGGAGAUGCAAACGCAGAGGAAGAGAUGAGGAUCGUUGACGAUGAAGCAGACGAAGGAGAUGCCGACGCCUCUGAUGCCAAGAGGAAAGGGAAACAGGAAGAGGAGGUGGAUUAUGACAGUGAAGAGGGCAGCGAAGGGGAUGAAGGAGAGGACCUGGAAGAGGAACCUGAGGAGGAGUCCAGGGAUGCUCCAGCCGAUUCUCCUCCCACAGAGGAGCCCGACCAGCUGGCAGAGACAGAGAUCCAGGAUCAGAUGCGGGUGAAUGCAGUGUUGGCCAUCGGCAAAGCAGUGGAGAACUACAAAUAUGACAGCUUGAAUGGACUCUGGUGUGAGGCAACCAUUGUCCUUCCAGUCACUAAUGUGCACUUUGACCUGACGUCACUGGUAGUGACGCAGGCUCAGAAUGCCGUCAUCAUGGAGACCAAAGGCAUCACACGCUGCUUACUAGGCGAGGUCACCACAAAGGACGGUGCCAAAGAGACUGUUCUCAACACAGAGGGCAUUAACAUGCCAGAGAUCUUCAAGCAUGGCGAUAUUCUUGAUUUGAAUAGGCUGUACUCCAAUGAAGUCCAUGCCAUUGCCAACACGUAUGGCAUUGAAGUGGCUCUACGAGUUAUUGAAAAGGAAAUCAAAGACGUGUUUGCCGUUUAUGGUAUUGAGGUGGACCCCAGACACCUGUCCCUGGUGGCUGACUACAUGUGCUUCGAAGGUGUUUACAAGCCCUUGAACCGGUUUGGCAUCAGGUCCAACUCCUCUCCCCUGCAACAGAUGACCUUUGAAACGAGCUACAAGUUCCUCAAGGAUGCCACUAUGUUGGGAUCACAUGACCAGCUGCGGUCUCCCUCUGCUUGCAUCGUGGUCGGAAAAGUCGUCAAAGGAGGAACGGGGAUCUUUGAUUUGAAGCAACCACUGCAGUAGUGCGUCAUGUCAUGAUAAUCAACUUGACAAAAAGUCGAAUGCUUUGAAGAAGACUGGACUGCAUUUGGCAUAUCACUGAUACUGAUACUAAUACACAUGCAGGAGAAUGUCAGAACAACUAUUGUGUUAUUUGUACAAUUCGUCUUUCAAUUAUGUUUGUCAAUGUAUUAAUAAGGAUGUAUGAAAUAAAUAUAUUUUCAGCUGUCUGAACUCAUAUGACCUCAUUUGGUUACAACAACAAAAAAUGCAGGGGUUGGAAAAAGUUAUUAGAUUAGCCAUGUAGAUUAUGUAGAAAUUGUCAGUACAAAUGCAACCUUUUUUGGGGCAAGUAGGCUACCGCAUUGUCCGUUUGUGAAUUACUUUUAAUUUGGCAGUAGCGAAUACCGGAAGCUUAGCUGUGGUUAUUUCCACCAAGAACAGUGUUCGGCGCUAGUUUCAAAUACUACUAAGACAUUUGUAAUUGAUUUUUAAAUCAAUAUGGUUCAAGAAUUUCACGUUUUAAGAUGCUUUGCUUGUGAAACGUUCCAGGUUCAACAGGUUAAAAAAGCGAAAAAAUGGAAUUGCAAGAUGUGUGGGGAGAAACAGUCCGUCAUCAAGGAAUUUGGGCGUGGCACUGGGGCAGAGUGCAGAGGCCAUGUCCAGAAGCUCAACAGCCUGAGAGGGAAGCAGCUAGAGGAAGAAAAUGAUGAUGCCUGGUCUCGAUGGGAGGAAGAUGAGGAGUGUGAGUACAACCAAGGAGACCAAGGCCUCUCCAGUGAGCCCCACCAGAGCGUUGGGGAAAGUCGUUGGAGUAAGUACACUGAGACCGUGGCAACUCUUGACGGUGAUGAAGAAGAGGAAGGAAACGUUUCCACUGAAAGUAAGCGGUUUGGCAGUCAGAGGAACAACAGAAAGAGGAAGAGAGGCAGAGGUGCCAGGCGGGGCAUUGGUUGUCGUGGUGAGGAUGAUGAGGAUCAGGGAGAAGGGACUGGUGCAUGGAGACGUGAUAGAGGCGUCAUAAAGCCACCAGCUCGCUCAGGGCCGGUGACCUCAGCGCCAACUUGGGAGGAGCCUGCAUUUUACACUCCUUCCUUCCACGCAAACACUCCAACACCCUCUGCUGCUAGCAAACCCCUGUCCAGUGGAGUCACUUCCAGAAACUUCCCUGGAAACCAGCACAGACCCAGUGCAUCUACAGAGAUCAGUUCCAGUAGACCAACUGGCCUAGCUACCCGCAAACCUCUGUCAAGCACAUCCGUCAAUAGACAGACCGACAUAUCUACUCCCCACCCCGUGUCCAAGGUGAACCAGGCCGAGACUAAGUCCUCUAAGUGGUCCAGGUUUCUAGCCUCACCCUCCACCGAGGACCAGGAGGAGGAUGGACGUGGAGAUGAUGGACAUGGAGCUGCCCAUUGGAGUGACACUGACGAGGGCUUAGACUACCAUGACCCAGACCCUGCUAGAGGAGUUCUGGACCAGAACAGUUUUAAGACUAAAGUUGAAAAUACUUCCCUUUCAAGUGGCCUGUUUGGUGCACUGCCAGGUCUGGGAAAUGGCUCUGGUAUGGUGAAUAAGUUGAAGUCGGCAACUGCCUGCUUUGGGUUUGUGAGUGCCACCAAUCAGAUGCCAAGCCCUACUUUCACCACUCGGCCCAUUGGCCAGGAGAAAGCUGUCUGUCAUCAGCCUCCGCCCUCCAAAAGACCUUGCCCUGGCCUUGCUGUGAGCUCACUUUUUCAAACUGAUGAGACAUUUGAUGACGCACCAUUUUGUUAGACUGUUUGUUUUCACAACAAUGUCUGUUGGUUUUUGUAGAUUGUUUGUCUUCACAACAGUUGUUGUUUGUUUUUCUGUGUAGUAGUAAUAAUUAUUAAUUUACUAUAUUCUGUAAACUCUCUUGUAUUAAACUAUUCUUGUAAAUGUCACAACAUGCCUUUAAUGCUUAUGCAGCAAUAAAACACAUAAAACGUA